AUGCUGUCGAGACCUUUCCCUGCUCUUGCCCACACCAUCCCACUUCUGAAGCAAACACAAACAUUUAAAUCAAGCAUUCAUCAUGGCUUAUUGUCCAUCAUUGCACCACCUUCAUCGGCUAUUUACAGAACCAUUCAUCGGCACAUAAAUCCUGCCAUCAUUAUGAUCGAGCUUUCAAAUAAUAAUUUAUUUUCAUCCUCAUCGGAUUCCAAUCACUCAUUCAAAAGUUAUCAUUCAUCCCUUCACAUGAGAUCAACACAACAAGAGGAAAAUGAGGAUGAGGAUGUAUAUCUUGAUCGUGUUGCUGCUGAACUUGAUAUUCAAUGGACUUCUUAUUUCAAAGCUAGAUCUCUAACUAGAAAACCUGGUGAUAGGCUCCGAAGAGGUAAACAGCUACUUACUGCAGCUCCUGAAGAUCUCGGAAUUGAAAAAAUGGUAACACCAAUUAAUUAUGAAAUUCCUGAUCAUUUUACUCAUUAUCGAUUGAUUCGUAUUUCGGAUGGUUCCAUGGUUGGUGAAAAAGUACCAAGAGCCGAAGCCGAAGCAAUUGCUUCAAAUGAGUCGUUGGAUUUAAUUCUCGUAGUAGACACUGUGGAUCCUCCUAUUGUAAAAUUGGGCGAUUAUGUUGUCUAUUUAAAGCGUGGCAUCAUCAAAGAUAAACUCGGUGAGUUAAAAGAAUUAGAAAAACAAUUGGAAGAAAAGAAAGUUAAGGAAAUUAGAUUUUCAGGAGCUAUUGAGGAGCAUGAUUUGGACGUCAAGAUGAAGAAGACUGUCAAAUUUUUGCUUUCAGGAAAGAAAGUCAGAAUUCUUUGCUUCCGUGUUGAAAAAGAAGAAGAAGCUUUCCAAUUAUUGAAAGAUUUCAUGAGCAAAGUUCGGUCAAAACUUGCUGAUGAACUACCUGGCAUGGAUGUGAAAAAGAUUCUCGAAGAGGAAAAACCAUUUAAACAGAAAAACGAAUUUUUAUUCAAUGUCAAGAUUAAGGACGAUGCUUUUGCAAAAAUUAAGAAGUUGGUUGCUUCAACCAAGAAGGAAGAGUAA